AUGGAAGCCGACUGUGGCCAUAUCUACACUCGACUUCACGCCCACGAGAAAGCAAGGAAACUAGAUUUCUCGCCCACGAGAAAGCGAGAAAAAAGGCGAGAAAAGAGGCGAAAAGGCGAGGUAUUUGCUGUAAUGCCAAUUGAUAUUGAGUGCUCAGUAAGCAAUGGUUUAGUACCUAACAUGACAUCAUGUAGAGAUUUUAUUUUGUGUAUAAACGGUAAAAUGGUACGUCGGAUACCUUGUGCUAAUGGUUUGUUGUUUGAUACCACUAUAGGCAUGUGUAAUUAUGAACAUGUAGUAUCUUGCGGAGAAAGACCAAUGCAAGGGUUCCAGAAGUGUUAUGUAGUCAAAGUGAAUGUUACAAUUAUUGUCGAAAAUUCGAUAACAGAGCCUAAAUUUACAUUAAAAACUAGUGUAUAUGCACAGCGACAACCAUUGUAUUAUUUUUUGUUGAUGGCUGCGGGAAAGGACAGCAGAUUUUCGUUUAACACGACAAAAAUAGACGAUUAUGGCGAGUUUGUUCUAUCGUUCAAUGGUUUGGUUGGUAGUGAAAAGAUAUUUACAGUAUGGAUACCAUCUGAUAGACGAGAUACUGGAAUAAAACAAGGUAUUCACGAGUUUUAUCCCGAGGAUAAGGAAGUUAUAACUUAUAAAUAUUACUCAUUCUCUGAUGGCCUUAAUGAUGAAAACUUUCCAUACCCUAAUGUAGAUAAUAUAGUGAAAUGAUUUAAUGGAAAUGUGUAUAUUUUAUCAUAGGAACAUAACAAUAGGUGUGCAAUCCUAUGUGUAGCAUAAUACUAAAUCAAUUCACAACAUUAUUAAAGAAUCAAAACUACUGUAAAACAGAGUCAAUCAUGUGUCUUAUUCAGCGAGUCAAUAUUUGUCAUUAAAAAUAACAAGUAAAAUGCAAUUAUGAAUUAAUAUUCUGUUAUUUACAAUCAGUCUCUGUUACAUCGAAAUCAAUGAUCUAAAACUACUCCAUUAUCAACAUUUAUUUGAUGGUUUGAUUCCAUGUAGCUUAUUUUGGAAAUUUCGGUGGUCACCGAAUAUAAUUGUAAUCAAUUCCCUACAAAGCAUACAUGCACAAUUUCAUUGAAUGAAAGUAAUUAAAAACAAUCUGAAGCUAU